AUGCCUGUGACCGUCCUGCUCACGGGCCUCAACGGUUUCGUCGCCGUACACACCGCCGUCACGUUCCUCUCGCAAGGCUCCAAAGUCAUUGGCACAGUCCGGUCAGAGGACAAGAAGGCCAAGGCCGAAGGCCGCUACCUCAUCGCUGGAGAAGAUUACACCUUGAAGCAGAUCCUAGACACGACGCGCAAAGUCCAGCCUGACCUCCAAAAGUAUUUCAACAGAGCUCGCGAGAGUGUACCUCCCGAGGCGUCUUAUGUGAUUGAUUCGAGCAAGAAUGGGCUUCGGUAUCGUACGCUGGAGGAGACAAUACGGGAUUCUGUUGCUGGGUUCGAGAAGCUGUGUGCGUAUGGGGGUAGUGUCAUCCUCGUGACUGGAGGAGGACGGGGCGUCGGCGAGAUGAUCGCAGAAGGCUAUGUCGUGAACGGGGCAAAGGUAGUCUACAUCUCCUCCAGAGACGCAGCCGCAUGCGAACAGACCGCAAAGAGGCUCACCAACCAAGGACCUGGAAAGUGCAUUUCCCUCCCUGCUGAUCUGGCCAAGUAUGAUGAAUGUGUUCGGCUGGCAAAGGAGCUUGAGAAGCGUGAACGAGUACUGCACAUCUUGGUCAACAACUCGGGCGUCACCUGGGGCGAGUCGUUCCACUCCUACCCCGACGCCGCCUUCACCAAACUUCUCACCCUGAACGUCCAGCGCGUCUUUACGCUCACCCAGCAGUUGCACCCGCUGCUGGAGAAGGCUCACGAAGAGGAUAGAUUCAUUGCAAGGAUUAUCAACAUCGGGUCCAUUAAUGGUGUUGGUAAUCCAGGGCUUGAGACUUACGCCUACUCUUCCUCCAAAGCUGCCCUUCACCAGCUUUCCAAGCACCUGGCCAACCGUCUCGCCCCCCACAUCACAGUCAAUGCCAUCGCUCCAGGCCCCUUCCGCAGCAAGAUGAUGAAGCAUACGCUGGAUCAUUUCGAAAAGGAGCUCGCGGAAGGAUUGCCCUUGAAGAGGAUUGGGGCGCCCGAGGAUAUUGCGUCGACGGCUCUGUGGCUGUCUGGGCCCGGAGGAGCGUGGGUGACUGGAACGGUGGUCCCGGUGGAUGGCGGAUCUCUUGUAGCGACAAGUUCAAAGUUGUAG